UACCAUUCCUGUCAUUCUCCUAACUGGCAUCAAUGCAAUUUUAUGAAUAACCCAUCUUUCAGCUGCCAAAAAGAGCUUUUCCCAUUAAAGUUUAGAUUUAACCAACUGAGAUUUUCAUCUUUGAAGGAAAAAGUUUGAGGCUUUCCGAGGUUUUUCAUUGGUUCAUCGAGUGAGUGGCUACGCCUGGACCGUGGUUGUAUUUGUUAGUGAGGAAAGCUGAUGGGGAAGUUAGCGGUGGGAGUUACAGUGGCUUGCGCCGCCGCCGUAUGUGCAGCCGCGGCACUGGUGGUGCGCCACCGUAUGAUCAGCUCCCGGAGGUGGGCCCGUGUUAGAGCUAUUGUGGAGGAGUUUCAGGAGAAGUGUGAGACCCCUAUUGGUAAGCUUAGAUUAGUAGCUGACGGCAUGGACGUUGAGAUGCAUGCUGGUCUUGCAUCUGAAGGCGGGAGCAAGCUUCAGAUGUUGAUCAGCUAUGUCGUUAAUCUCCCAACUGGGGACGAGAAAGGAAUUUAUUAUGCAUUGGACCUUGGUGGUACAAACUUCCGUGUUCUUCGCGUACAGUUGGGUGGAAAAGGAAAAGGUGUUGUCAGCCAAGAAUUUGAAGAAGUUUCGAUUCCUCGUCAUUUGAUGACUGGUUCUUCUGCUGAAUUAUUUGAUUUUAUAGCAGAAGCUCUCGCAAAAUUUGUUGAUUCUGAGCCUGAAGACUUUCAUCCUCCCCCUGGCAAGCAAAGAGAGUUGGGUUUUACCUUCUCAUUUCCUGUGAGGCAAACAUCAAUUGCGUCCGGGACUCUAAUUAGGUGGACCAAGGGUUUUAAUAUUGCAGAUGCGGUUGGAGAAGAUGUAGUGGGAGAACUGACCAAGUCUUUUGAAAAGAUUAAUCUGAAUAUGCGUGUCUCAGCUCUUGUUAAUGACACUGUUGGAACCUUAGCUGGGGGCAGAUUCUACAACAAGGAUGUCAUUGCUGCAGUCAUUCUAGGUACGGGCACCAAUGCAGCAUAUGUUGAGCGUGCUCAUGCAAUUCCAAAAUGGCCGGGUCUUCUACCAAAAUCAGGAGAGAUGGUUAUAAAUAUGGAGUGGGGUAAUUUCAGAUCCUCACAUCUUCCUAUAUCAGAAUAUGAUCAAGCUUUAGAUUCUGAUAGCUUAAACCCUGGAGAUCAGAUUUUUGAGAAGUUGAUUUCUGGUAUGUAUUUGGGGGAAAUUGCGAGGAGAGUUUUACUGAAGUUGGCUGAAGAAGCUGACUUCUUUGGAGAAUCCGUUCCCCCCAAGUUAAAAAUUCCUUUUGUACUCAGGACACCUGACAUGUCUGCCAUGCACCAUGACACAUCUCCAGAUCUAAAAGUGGUUGGAAGCAAAUUGAGGGAUAUAUUAGAGAUCUCUGAUACAUCUCUGAAGAAAAGGAAGAUUAUUGUUAAGCUCUGUGACAUCAUUGCUACACGUGGGGCCUGCCUAGCUGCCUCAGGAAUUUUCGGCAUUCUCAAGAAAACAGGAAGGGACACAGUUAAAGCAGGGGGAGAGAAGCAAAAAUCAGUGAUAGCAAUGGAUGGAGGAUUAUUUGAACACUACAUGAAAUUCCGCACAUGUUUGGAGAAUACGCUCAAGGAAUUAUUGGGAGAUGAGGCAGCUGGUACCAUUGUCAUUGAGCAUUCGAACGAUGGCUCAGGCAUUGGAGCAGCCCUUCUAGCAGCAUCACAAUCUCAGUAUUUGGGAGUGGAUGACUUUUGAAAAUAAGGUUAAUCCCACGCAGAAGUGCAGAAGCUUCUACCAUGGAACCUGCAAGUCCAUAUUCCACAUUGGGGCUUUCCGUAGAGCUCGCUGGUUUUAUUCUGUAGCCAUUGAUGCUGCUCCUUGCAGAUGGUUAGGGCAUCGAUUCCCUCUUGUGUUCAAGAAUAAAGGGAGACAUGUGAACUAUAACAUUGGGUAGUUCUUGAUAGCCGCUGUAGUGGAUCAGGACUUUCAUGUACAAACAGGGCUAUUACUAUCAUCAUCAUUAUCAUCCUCAUUGUUGUUGUUGUUGUUAUAAUUAAAAUGAUGCUGCCAAGAAUUAUCAAUAUCCAACCUUCUUUCCCUCUUUGAAGUCUUAUUAGGAGAGUCACAGCAUCGAAAAGAUUCUGACAUUCUUUUCUACAUAGCUAGAAUGGGUCCCUGCAAUGAAGCAGUAUUGGCAAAUCUCCUUCAUGGAAAGCCUACUAGUUGGCUGUGUUUCUGUACAAUUCAAACAUUUCAUCUGCGUAGCAUGCUUCCUUAAUUUCUUUAUCCAGUACUGCUACGUCUCCACCAAGCUGCAUGUGUCACCUUGCCCAAUGGGGCAAGAGAUUAGUGUUCAUAUCCAUGAUUAGCUGCUUUUCCAGUUGUCAGUUCCAAUAGAACAACCCUGAAGUUGUAUACUUAAAUCUUCAGUGAUUUUUCCUGUUUGAAUA